AUGGUGCAGAAAUCCCGCAACGGAGGCGUCUACCCGGGGCCCGCCGCCGAGAAGAAGCUCAAGGUGGGCUUCGUGGGGCUGGACCCGGGCGCUCCGGACUCCAGCCGGGACGGAGCGCUCCUCAUCGCCGGUUCCGAGAGCUCCAAGCGGGGCAGCAUCCUCAGCAAGCCCCGCUCCGGGGUCUCGGGCAGCGGGAAGCCCCCCAAAAGGAAUGCUUUUUACCGCAAGCUGCAGAAUUUCCUCUACAAUGUGCUGGAGAGACCGCGGGGAUGGGCUUUCAUUUACCACGCAUACGUUUUUCUACUAGUGUUCUCCUGCCUGGUGCUGUCUGUCUUUUCCACCAUUGAUGAGUACCAGAACAGCUCAGAAGGGGCCCUUUACAUCCUGGAAAUUGUCACCAUCGUGGUGUUUGGGGUGGAGUACUUUGUGCGGAUCUGGGCCGCCGGCUGCUGCUGCCGCUACCGGGGCUGGAGGGGACGCUUGAAAUUUGCCCGCAAGCCUUUCUGUGUCAUUGACAUCAUGGUGCUGAUUGCAUCCAUCGCCGUGCUGGCAGCGGGCUCCCAGGGGAAUGUCUUUGCCACCUCGGCACUCAGGAGUCUGAGGUUCCUGCAGAUCCUGCGCAUGAUCCGCAUGGACCGGCGCGGCGGCACCUGGAAGCUCCUGGGCUCCGUGGUCUACGCACACAGCAAGGAGCUGAUUACUGCCUGGUAUAUUGGCUUCCUGUGCCUCAUCCUGGCCUCUUUCCUGGUGUACUUGGCCGAGAAGGGAGAAAAUGAGCACUUUGAUACAUACGCAGAUGCACUCUGGUGGGGUCUGAUCACUCUCACCACCAUUGGCUACGGGGACAAAUAUCCACAGACCUGGAACGGGCGGCUGCUGGCGGCGACCUUCACACUCAUCGGCGUCUCCUUCUUUGCCCUUCCUGCUGGCAUCUUGGGUUCAGGAUUUGCUCUGAAGGUUCAAGAGCAGCAUCGACAAAAACACUUUGAGAAGAGGCGAAACCCAGCAGCAGGCCUGAUCCAGGCGGCUUGGAGAUUUUAUGCCACCAACCUGUCCCGGACAGACCUGCACUCCACCUGGCAGUACUACGAACGCACCGUCACCGUCCCCAUGUACAGCACGCAAACGCAAACGUAUGGUGCCUCCAGACUCAUCCCUCCUCUGAACCAGCUGGAGCUCCUGAGGAACCUGAAGAGCAAGUCGGGACUGACAUUCAGGAAAGAGCAGCAGCCUGAACCAUCGCCAAGUAAAAGCAAACCGUGCAGAGAGUCACUAUGCGGAUGCUGCUCAGGAAACUCUAGUCAGAAGGUCAGUUUGAAAGAUCGUGUCUUCUCCAGUCCCCGCGGUGCUGGCACCAAAGGGAAAGGCUCUCCACAGGCUCAGGGCAUCAGGAGGUCCCCCAGUGCUGACCAGAGCAUCGAGGACAGCCCGAGCAAAGUGCCCAAGAGCUGGAGCUUCGGAGACCGCAGCCGAGCCCGGCAAGCGUUCCGCAUCAAGGGAGCGGCGUCGCGGCAGAACUCGGAAGAAGCAAGCCUCCCUGGAGAAGACAUUCCUGAUGAGAACAAAAGCUGCAACUGCGAGUUUGUGACAGAAGAUUUGACACCGGGGCUGAAAGUCAGCAUCAGGGCUGUGUGCAUUAUGAGGUUCCUGGUCUCCAAGCGCAAGUUUAAGGAGAGCCUGCGGCCCUACGACGUGAUGGACGUCAUCGAGCAGUACUCAGCUGGGCACCUGGACAUGCUCUCCCGGAUUAAAAACCUUCAGGCCAGGAUAGAUAUGAUUGUGGGUCCCCCACCCCCUUCAACUCCCCGGCAUAAGAAGUAUCCAACCAAAGGACCCAUGUAUUCUUCCAAAGAGUCUCCCCAAUACUCGCCUAGAGUUGACCAGAUUGUUGGGAGAGGAUCCUCCAUGACCGACAAGGAUCGGACCAAAGGGCCAGCAGAAGGGGAGCUGCCGGAAGACCCCAGCAUGAUGGGCAGGCUUGGAAAAGUUGAAAAACAGGUUCAGUCCAUGGAGAAGAAGCUGGACUUCCUGGUGAACAUCUACAUGCAGCGGAUGGGCAUCCCACCAACGGAGACAGAGGCUUACUUUGGGUCCAAAGAACCAGACCCGGCCCCUCCCUACCACAGCCCCGAAGACAGCAGAGAGCACAUCGACAAGAACGGCUGCAUCAUCAAGAUCAUCAGGUCCACCAGCUCCAUGGGUCAGAAGAACUUCUCCGCCCCACCAGCCCCGAGCAACGCCUGCCCGCCCUCCACGUCGUGCCAGCGGCAGAGCCACGGCUCCUCUCCCAUCGGAGAGCCCGGCUCGCUGGUCCGGAUCCCGCCUCCGCCCUCCCACGAGCGCUCCCUGUCCGCCUACAGCGGUGGGCACCGGGCGAGCGCGGAGUACCUGAGGAACGAAGACAUUACAACCAAACACCACGAGAGUGCCAUGAGAGACAGCGACACGUCCAUCUCCAUCCCCUCGGUGGACCACGAGGAACUGGAGCGCUCUUUCAGCGGCUUUAGCAUCUCCCAGUCCAAAGAGAAUUUGGACAUCCUUAACAACGGUUGCUAUGCAGCCGUGGCCAAAAUCAGACCCUACAUUGCAGAAGGGGAGUCAGACACCGACUCUGACCUCUGCACGCCCUGCGGUCCCCCCCCGAGGUCGGCCACGGGCGAGGGACCCUUCAGUGACAUGGGCUGGUCAACCCCCCGGCAGUGAAGCCUCCCUGCAGCCGCCGAGCCGCGUCCGAGCGCUGGCAGCUGCCCGCUCCAGCUGCCCACGUGUGGAACUUCUCAAGGAGAUUGACAGCUAAGGUUUUCCUCUUUCUAGGACACCCUUAGCUGGCAGAUACUUUCUUGCAGCUUACUCUGGGGGGAACAAGCAGGUCUGAGCCUGCACUUGCGGAAGAGGUCACGGUGAUGAGCGAACUGGAGCCGUGAAGUCCAGAUUUCUUUCAUACUCUCUUUCUAAGAUCAUUAGGUGAAACUUCCAUGGCGCAGAGUAGGCAAUUUGCAUUUCUUGGGAAUCUUCAGAAGCGCAGGGCAGGAAUAAAUCACCCAGCCAGGGCUUUUGUAGGUCAAAUUAACUGGUGGCUGACAAGUGUUAGGUGAGAACUGAUAUGUCGUGGCAGGGGUUGAUCACACCUUUAGGUGUUUUGGAGUCACAGACAGAAUACCUGUCCGUUUCUGGCUUAGGUUUCAGGGCAUGUGUAAUAAUGAGGGGCUGUUACUCCAUGGUUCCUCAUUAGUUGUCAGGAAGGUGACAUAAUUCCAAUAUAAUACAUGGAAAAUCCCUGGAGGAGAGGGUUGGUGGCUGGGAUAUUUCCAUGAGCAGCAGACGAUGCCUUGAGUGUGACUUGCCGGGGUACUGCUCUGAACCAGAGCAGUUUGGAAAUGAUCCCAUCUUGGGAAAAACUCAGAAAUAUGAGCUUGAGUGCAUGAAGAGGGACAAUCCAGAGGGCAGAGAAAUGAGACAGAGAAGGAGGACAAGACACUAUGGGGAUGGAAUUUUAUAUUUUUAACCAUGUAUUAUAUUUAAUUAUCUCUCCUUCUGCUGACAAAGGACUUGGGAGUGCUUUGAAAGCAAAGACGAACCAAAGGCAACCCCUCUGGAGGGCUGCCAUGAUCCCAAGCCAUUCUCAUGGCCAGCAGUGCUUUUGGGAAGGCACAGCCACCAGGCAAAGGGAGAGGGUGGACUUGCAGGAUGCUGUGGUCCCUGCCUUGCCGUGAGUGAAGUGCUGAGCUCCAUCCUCUGGAAGCCCUGUUGGUCAGAGUGGGCACUUUUCUUACAGUUUGCAUCGUGCCUGAACACUUUAUUGCACACACUAUGCCCAUGAAAAUCUUUCCUUUCUUCUUCUGCCCUGCCAAGAAUCUCUUCCCCACAUUCUCGGGACAUCCUUUGGUUUGUUUGGAUCCCUCAAGCUGAGUUAAGAGGCUCUGCUUUCUUUCUUCAUGGUCUUUCAGAAGCCUCUUGCCCUUGCUUGCCUGCAAGUUGUGCCGAUCCCAGUCUGCUUUAUUUCGUUGUGGAAGCACUUCCUCUUGGAAAGGUCAUUGUGUCAUUAUCAGGAACCUCAGCAGCUCCUUCAGCUGGAGGAAGGUGAGGGGAAAAGUGAUGCUCCAAGUUUCUUUUGGGACCAAAACAAAGCCACAAAGUGAUCCUUUACAUGGAUAAAUUGGUUGGGAUUUUUAUUUGCAGGGCGUGGGUCAGGAGAAGUUUGGUUUGGGAUCUGUUCCCAGAGCUGGGACACCAUGGCUGGCAUUGUGCCUCUGAACCUUGCUGUGCUUCCACAGCCCAAAUCCCACGUGUGUUUUCUGCUGUGAUUUCAACCCUGUCUUUCCACAUUUUCCCUGUGUCAUAUCAAGAGCCUGUUAAGGCUCUUUAGGUGACAGCUUCAUUUCUGUGUGGCCUUUGAGAGGUUGGACAUUGAUUUGCUUGGGGUGAAGGGAGACUCACAGCCUUUUUCUCCUCCUGUUUGCAUGACCAAACACAGGGGAGACCCAGGACAAUUUUGGCCUUGGGGAAGAUGUGGGUGAUGUCUGACAACUUGCUGACAGGAAAUAGAACCAUUAUUUUGCUAGUGUCCAAGGCUAGCACACAGGUCUUAUCAUGGAAUGAAGAAGGGGGAAGUAUCUUCACAACUUUUCCUGCCAUCCAGAAAGGGAACACCUUGUUCUUAGGGAGCAACUGGGCUUCCAGCCAUGCUAGUUCCUUUCUUUCCCUUCUUGAACCAUGUUUUUGUUAACUUCUGCUGUUUUUCCCUCUCUGUUUGUGCUCCAAAACUCCUCCUGGCUCCAGAUUCCUUUGUGCAGAGUUAACACAGCGAUGCCCUUGACUUCCACACGGUGACAACUUUAGAUGCCAAGUGGUUGUAAAUUGUGCAGAUUUGCCUCUGGUGUAUUCCAAAAUGAGAUCCUUUCUGCUAGAACAAGAAGUGUCAGCAGGUCCUAAAUCAAACGUGUGGCCUGGGCUUUCUACCGACCACAAGAGUGGAAAUUGCAUUUGGUGAGGCAAAAAUCGACAUUGCUCCAGCCAGCUGCUCACUGCAGAUUUUGUCCAAGCCAGAGAUAAAAGAGAUUUAUUCUCUUAUUUGUUUGCAAUUACUUUUCAAGGCCUGCUAGAAAUUUGGCACAGAGGCUAUGAUGUAGAGGCAGGAAUGGCAGAUGAGGAUGAGGAUGAUGCCAUGCAGUCCUAUUGCAGUACAUGACUGGUCUUCAGUAAGAGAAUCACAGAAUCAUCCAUUCACAGAAUCACAGGAUGGCUUGGGUGGAAAGGGACCUUAAAGCUCUUCUUCAGGGGUUGCAUAGGAAAAAUUGAGUUUUUCCUCUUCAACUUCCUGCACUGGAAUCUAUAAAGAUCUUUUGAUUUGUAUCUUGAAAAGUUGCUGGAUUUGUCCCGUAAUCAGUGAUUGCAAAAAAACUGGUUUUACACACAUUUCACACAGAAUUCACCUAGAAUUUUUCUUUGAAGGUAUGAGAUCUAUUUUUCUGUGGUGUCAUAUCAAAGAAAUUCCUCCACACCACCAUGCACAACUAUGCCAUAAAUUGUCAUUUCUCAUUCAUCCAGGCAAAACCCCAUGGAUUUUUGGUUUAACUUACACUAGAACUAGCUACAAAUAACACUCAUAAUUUCCAUGAAAUUAUUUAAGUCUGCAUAAACAAUGACAGUUUUAAUGCUUGUUGCUUAUCGACAUAAAUAAUUUCAUUCUUCUCCUAAAUCACACUGUAUAAAUACUCUGUGAAAAGUCUUCCCUUCUAAUCACUCAGCUCCCCCAUGUCUGUACCACUCAUUCCUGGUGGCAGUUUCCUGCAAGAACCAACAGAUUACAAGAAAACAAAUCAGUUUUGGGUUGCUGAUAAGGCAGUCCUGAUGACAACGACUUUUGAAAGGGUGGGCAGGCAAACUUUGUCCCUCUGCUGAGCCUCUCGUGGGCUACUCGUUGCUUCCCUCUUCCUCCCAAAUCUUACUCCAUAUUUUUUGUAGGACAAGAAGCAAGUUCUAGGCAAUGCCAAGUGUGGACAGAGGAGUCCAAAGAGAGCUGAAGAUGUGAAAGCCAAAUUUCCAGCAGACCAUCCUGGACUGCUCCAUGGCUGCCCAUGCCCACUGGGCUCCCUGCCCAAGCCUGCUUCCAGGAGUGUCUGUGAUGAAUGUGAAGCCAUGACCUUGGACCACAGCCUGAGCUCUGGUCUCCAGGAAACUUCUGGGCUUUUUUUUUUCCAUAAUCUGAGUCUAGGUCUGGAAAGAAAUCCUGCAAUUGGCCCACCCACGGGAUGGAGCAAUACCUGGGGCUGGGACAUGAAGUAUUUUGUCCUUCAGGUCCAAGUGUGAGUGCAGGUGGUCUGAGGAGCUCUCUGAAUGGGGGAUGUGGCUGGAGAUGUUGCAAGGUGGCCUUUCAUAAUGUGACCCCAAGAUGGAGGAACAGCCAUAAGUCAAAUUUCCCAAUAUUUGGGAAGGGACUUUAAUGUUACUCAAGUGCAGAUUUUGUAUGUGAAUUUCCUUGUUGACCCAUUUUCUUAGAAACAAUUUUUAAAGCAAACAAUGUCAAGGAGCUUACCAAAACCAAACCUCUCACCCAGCUCAAAAAGCCAUUUUAUUUCUUUAGACAGACUAUGUGAUAGAUCAGAUUUUCUAAAAACGCAUUUUGUUUCAAAUGCUGCUUAAUUGGUCCAAAUAAAUUUUGCAGGGUCAUUGCUAUUUAUGGAUAAAUAGGUAUAUUUUUACAUUUUUAAUUGAUUUUUUUAAAUUUUAAAUUAUGUGAAUUUUUAGAAAAAGUUUGUAUAAUCUACCUGAGAAGCCAGAGCAUCACCACAGAUUCAAAUGCUCCCCUUCCAGAUAAUUGCCCAAGAGAAAAGAAAAACACCUUCACUCAUACUUUUCCCGAGAGGGAGCCACUGGAAACCACAUUUUCCUGAUAUCCUCAGACCACCAUGGUCACAGCAACAUUAUUGUUAAGACUAAAAUGUAAGUAUUAAAAGAGAAACUGAAAUUUUCUCAAAGUUGUCCCAUACAAAGACCCUUAGCAGUGAGUAUUUUAUUGGGAAUGUUAAAAACCCCAGGAGCAGGAUAAGGAUUCCUGUUUCUCCAUCAUGUGAACGCUCAGGCUGAGUGAGCCCUGAACCUCCCACCCUUGCUUCCCAACCCACAGCUGCAUGUCUGCAUCCUCUCCAUCCUCUCUCCAUCACGGGUCAGCCUCUUCUGUUCUCAUCAGCUUCCUUUUCCUGAGCCACAAACAAGGAAAUCAGAUACAAAAGCUCCUUCAGCUGCAGGUAGCAUUGAGGAGAAGGCUGUGGGGAGGGCUGAGGGCAGCAGCCCCUCCGAGCCCUGCAGGGUCACUGCUGCUCAGAGGUGUAAAAGCAAACCCUUGCUUUUAGCACACAAACACCCCGACUUUUCUGCCUCACGGAGCAAAACCUGCUCCGUGCAGGGGUGUGGGUUGGGUUCACUGUUUUUUUUAACAAUAACAAUAGGGUGGGUUUUUAAUAAUAAGGAUAAUAAUACUGCAUAGGAAUCUUCUUUAGUAUAUCUUAGUGUUUGAUGCCCCAGUGACACAAUACUGCUUGCCUUACCUUAGUGUCUAGAGGGAGAGGGAUCACACACCUUUUGAUACACUAUUAAUCAUGCUUUGAAUUUAGGUAGCAGCGGGAACCUUUUUAACUUAUGAAUGUGCUUUCUGGACUAUCUCACUGACUGUACUCUCAAUUUUGCCUGCUACUGCAUGCAGCCUGAGAUGAGUAGACAGCAAUAUGCUCCAGCUGUAUCUGCACUCCCAGAUUGCUGUAGUACCUGACAAGGUAAACAUUGCCAAAAGCAUCACUCUGGGGAGAGGCUGUGCUCCCAGGGAGCCACCUCGCAGGGUGCUGCAGUGCUUCUGUAGGUAACACUGGUAUACCAAGUGUCUUUCAUGCUGCAACUGGUCAUCACCCCAUCCCUCUGAUACAGCAUGCACAGACUCCAUUUCUACUGCUUGUGACUACGGGGUAAAAAAACCCAUGUUUGUACCUGUGGUUCCUUCAAAUGUGUAAAUGAGGAGGAAAAAAUACGAAUUGUAUUGGCUGUAUGUCACAACCUCCUUUCCAUCUGGAUGCCUCUGAAAAAGAGCAUCCCAAAUAGCCCUUGCUGCGGGUUUGGAGGAGCAGGCAGUGCCAAGGAUGGAGGCCUGGUCUUCAUUUCACAGAUGCCAUUUGAACCCACAUGUGUGGGACCUGCCAUAUGUCUGGUUCAAUUCCCAUAGGAUUCUCCCACCUGCAUCCAGCCCUGGGGUGCCAUAUGCUUUUGUGCCUGCAGCACAGCCUGAGGCACAGGGGAGAAGGUGACUUCCAAACUUUGGAAGCCACUCUUUGGAAAUUCCACCCACCCUUCUCUACAGCCUUGACAGUCUCGAGCACCCUGGAACUGUGCCAUAGCCAUUCCUCAUGGAAGCAUCUCUCACUCUCCCUAGAGUGGCACUGAGCUACAUUUUCAUCUCCAUAAACAUUUUGCCAGUGUUCUCCCCAUUUCAAUACCAGGCUGCCAUGAGGCCUUCAGGGUUUGCCUAUCUUGCUGGUGUUUGCAGUCUCUUGUAUCUCUUGGCACUGCUGCCAUGACUGAGUUUGACCCCAUAUCCUCCCCUUCCUUGCCCAGACUAUUUACCAGGGAAGCUGUAAUGCCAGAACUUUGCUCUGAGACUUGGCCUGGCAUCACCAGAUGCACCAGAGAGCCUUUGUGUUUUGUUAGCAUGACAGUUUUGCUUUUUAUUGGCAGUUUAUUUGCUUCCUCAUUGAGCCACUGUGGCCUCAACACAUCCCUGGUUUGUUCUGCUGGAGCUUUUCCAUACGGGGUUGGGGUCUGUGCUGUCUCUCUGUGCCCUGUGAGGGUUUGUCCCCGUGGCUUUAGCUGAUUAAAGUGAAACAGGGAUGAGGUCUGGCUCAGGUUUUCUUGUCCAGGUGAACAUCUCUGAGGAGAGCUCACAGGCUCUACCAGUGGAGAUGUUUUUGCUCCCUGAAGCAAGAGCUGUUUUCAAGAGCCUUGUCCCCUUUGGCCGCCCACAGAUGUGGCAGUGCAUGCCAGGCUCCAGCUCGGUAAUGGGGAGAACUGGAAAGCAGCUGGUUCAAGCUCUGCUGUUUCCAAAGCUGCCAAUGAACCUGGAAGCACUUUGCCCUCUCCUAAUUCCUGUAAAUACAGCUGCAGGUGGAUUUUCAAGCAGCAUCUGUUUGCCUGGUUCUGAGAAACCACAAGGCUUUCCAAAGCUUGGUGCCAAGCCCAAGCUGGAUUUCACCUGCAGCUAUGCCUAUAAUUUUAGGGCAGGGUUAAUGAUUUCAGGUGGAAGCCAUGCCAGAACCUCCAGUUUGGAUGGUUCUGACCCCAAAACAAGGCUGAAUGUCAUGCUGCCAGCAAAGCCUUUGCUGGAAUUUCAGCUCCAUUUGACACUGAUGACUCUGGAUGUGGAGAGAUCCUCUUUCCUUCCCACUCCACACAAGAAAAGCUCAUUACAAGCCUUGCAAGCCACAAUGGGAAAAUACCUCCUUAUUUUAACAUGCCAUGGGCACCUCCCUUUAAAGCAGAAGCAGCAUUUCACAGUAAUUGCUUAAACUUGACCAACACAGUGGCCAUGAUCCAGUGUUUUCCAUAUGCAGUGAUGCUCAUGAAAAGGAUUGAUCACAGGUGUGGAUGUGGCUCUUCAGCCUCUCCACAGACACCAUGUUCAGCCUUGCUGAGAACCUGAGGACAAGUCAUCAAGGCUGGUGACAGGUCUCUUCUGUCCUGCCUGCUUAUUCACACUGGUCCAGCAUCUUCCCUGGAGCUGGAGUUACCCCAUGCUCCUGUCAGCAGACAGGAUGGAGACUUUCUUUGUGGUUACUCUUCCCUCCCCCUAAAACCCUUAAAUUUGACAUUUCUUCACUUUUUCUCAAAAAAUUCACACACAGUGUAGAGUACCUGAGACUUUCAGGAGCACCAAGGCAAAACACGGUAUAGCUGAUAAAUGACAGAGGUUUUGUUAUUUUAAAUCAAGAGCAGAUUUUAAACAUAGCUGCAGUUGCUGCGUGGUGUAUCAAACGCUUUAGGAGAUUCAAGAAAUUAUUCUUAUAAAUGUUUUAUUCUUUUAUCAGUAAUUCAUAUAGGUGGGUGCCACUGUUCUUAUACAGCAACAACACUCCACACACUAAAACUAUAUUCCUGUUUCUCCAAUAUAGACACUGUAUUUAUGAAAUUUAUCUUGCUUGGUGUCACUUUGGCACAUUAUCCACAUGUACUGCACACAGAUUGCACAUUACAUGCCACGUGCUGAUAGGUAUCUCUACAUGUAAUCAACCUAUGUGCAUUGAACAGACACCAAAGUGUCACCUGCCUGGUUUGUGAUGGGACUCAGCAUAACUGGGAAAAGGGAAAAAAUGAACAUUCUGUUUUGUUAAGAAAUUCACUGCAUUUGAAUGCUCCUUUAAACAGAUUUUAUCAGGAAGCUAAAAUACGAGAUCGCCUCUGUGAUGUUAAUUAAAAAAUACCUGAAAAAACCAAACACACACAGCCCAUAAAUACUUAACAGCUACUGUAUUCCUAUAUAUUCUUCAUUGCUAUUCAUCUGAACUGUAAAUUCUGUACAGAUUGAAUGAAGCUCACAGUUUAUCUUUGUCAUAACCUGCAAGAUAAAAGGACAACUCAACUUUGGCUGCAGAAGCGAGUGCAUGUGGUUUGAGGACAUCCACCACGUGUGGCUGUGUGUGCAUGCGGGUAUGAGCACGUGUGCACACGUGUUCUUUAUCAAAACAGAAAAAGCUGCAUCUGAGAUGCACAGGGGGAAGAAAAGUUCUGUUUUGGAGGUGAGACAGUGGGUAAAAUAAAACCAAAUUACCUUUUCAAUAAUUUGUCUCGGUCAAAAAGGAAGAUUUGCAGAGGGGAUUGGUGUGUGACUGCCAUCCCAAGAGAAAUCCCUCUUCUAAAGGCAGCACAGCCUAUGCAGCAGAGCGAUGAAGUUCUUUGAGUGAUAAUUUCUUUGGCUUCCUUUCAAACAAACAAAUAUAAGAGUGGCCAGUGCCAACUUCAAGUCCAAAAAGCCCAUUCCUAAGAUGUGUGGCCAAGCAGUUGUCCUGUGCCUUUGGAGAUCCAAGGGCAAAGUCUUUACGUGCUGUGCCAGGGUGUCCCAUGCCAGCGGUGCUGACUGAGGCCAGUUUUCUCCCACAAACCUACUGCCCAAGUAGAGGAUCCCAAUGCCCCAUGGGUCUUACCUUUGCCUGUAUUUAAAAAGCCCUUAGGUAAGACAUGUUUAAGAAAAGAAACAUUAAAAGCCCAUCUUUGAUCUUAGAGUUAUGGAAGAAAGGACCGUGUUAUAACCAAUAAAUCUCAUUUUCUGAGCAGGUCAGCCCACAGAGUCCAAUAGCCCCUAUACAGAGAUUUCACCAGCCUCACCAAAUGAAUCAUCCUCUAGGACUGAAUUUUGCCAAUAUUUUCACAGAUACAAGAUUUAUAUUGGGUAGAGCUUACCCUUCAGUGUUUAAUCUAAAUAAACAAAGGCAUGAAGAGGAACCUUUUCUGGUUUAAUACUGCUGGAUGCCUUGAAUAAAAAGUAAUCAAAUUUUUGCAUUGGUCUGAAAUUCAUCUCUGGGUCCAAAGUUCUCAGCUGUAAGAGCUGCUUCAGCCCUGAGCAGGUUACUGAGCAAAGGGUACAUCCAUUGCCAGAGUGUGUUGCCGCUUCCUUGAGAUACCUUGACACUCCCAUGGUUUAAAACAGCACCUGGCUCAUUUGGCCUUACCUGGGCUAAAAAUGGUUCACAAUUUUGUCCUGACAGGGAGAGCUGAGGUGAAUUUCCCACUGGGAGGAGCGCGGGGCCGCACGCCCAGGGCUGGGCUGAGCGGGACGUUUGGUUGUCCUUUAGAAAGCAAAGACAGCUGCUGCUUUGCUUCCUUUCAUUUGCUCUGUUGCCUUGGCUUUCUUGCACUUUCGUUUCAUCUCCAAAGAAUCUCUCAUAAUGCCUUUGGUACUUAUGUACAAUUUGAAAACAUUUUGUAUGUAUGGAAUGAGACACACUUUUCUCUUGUAAAAUAGCAAUGGGAUUUUCUUUUCUCUCUUCUUUUUUUUGUUUUCUUUUUUUCUGUUGAUGAAUGUGUAAUUUCCUCUGUACAUUUCAAUCAUGACUUCGUGCAAUGUACAUUUUACAGGGACAGGUGCCAAGGGAAUGACCUGUAGUUUUCCUAAGGGACUGGCUAGAAGCUGACAGACAGUCAUAUGUGGUUUUACAUGAGCACCGUGGAAAAGCAACGUAGCCCAGACUUUUACAUUGAAGCACUGAGCGUGGGUCAGCUUGUACCUUCACAGGAAUGACUGUGGCAGCUGCAAAACUCUUUAUGUGUGGUGUGAAAACCAACAGUGACGGUUGCAACUGGAAGGGAAAUGGAGGAAAAUUAAAUAAUCACAAUCAUUAAUUUAAGCCUCGAAGCAUCAGAAUGGAAAAUUUGCAUUCAGUAAAAAUACCAGAGAUUUAACCUUCAUGAGAUGAAAUACACAUUUAUUUUUCUUUGCA